AUGGACGCUCUUCACUCAGUCUUGAGUGCCCUGAGCACGAAACAGCAGGAUGAAAUCAACACCUUGGAGCAGCUGCGGGUUCUACUGUCCAAGGUUCCAGAGGAGCCUGCAGUGGCAGUCGGUGGCUACAGCGGCUCGGACAUAAAACGCUUCAUCGCCUGGCUUCUCUCUUUCCUCGAACAUCUCGCCGCCAUCAAAGAGACCUUUGACGAGAAAGUGGUAGUCCCUCUCUGUGAGAACCUGUACGUAAUUGACGAAGAUGAGAGCACUGCCGCUUCUUCUGAUAGGACUGUCCCUUUGACCUCUGACCCUCAAAGCCCGCCCCCUACGUCUGUGACCAAGGUGGCCAAUGAACUCCUUGUUCUCCGACGCAGAUGGGCUUUGAUGUUUGUCCCUGGUCCAAUCAAGGCAGAGAACUUCAGUCUACUGACCAAUGCUGAUGGGGCUGAGCUGUUCGCUGAGCGGUUCACUAAGCGGUUCGCCAAGGUCCAAUGGCUUGUACCGGAUAUCCUCUAUAAGAGCUCUAGGGCUGCCCAACUUGCCUAUCAGUGGGUGGAUCUGCACCAGCGUGGGCACAGGGGUAGAAGAGUAGGGGAUGGUGGGUUGGAGGUUAUCCACAUUGCCCCAAAGAGGUCUACUGGCCAGAGACGGGAAGCGAGUGAUGAACAUAUCCUGGUUGUGGUAGAAAGGAAACGGGCGGCCCAAGCCAGACUGAUGGAGUCUAGGAUGGAGCUCAUGGCUUUGGCCGGGAAAGAGCAUAGGGUGCUAGCUCUGGAGGUGAGGUUACAGAAGGCCACCUACAGGAUCCAGGACCUCCAGGCCAAGCUCCGACAGGAGAGGCUGAUGGUAGAAAGUGCAACCCAGCAGGAGGCCAGUGAUGUGGGGGAAAAAAGGAAGGCAGUGGAGCUGGUCCUCAACCCGAGUCUAGAGCUGGAAAGGAGGCUGAGGAUGGAAAGGUACCAUCGGAGGAUACUGCUGGGAGACAUGAUGAUGGAGCUUGAGAUUCGUCCAGUUCUCAUACGCUACACUGAUAUGGUGAGUGGAGAAGUGAGACAGAUUAUUCACAUUUCAUCUAGCUGGUAUUAUAUCCAUGUAAGGAUAGCAUCAGAGUCAUAACGAGUUGGCGUCAGACUCAGGCUGUCCUAAUAUGAACACUGUAUGUUUAACCUUAUGACAUAAAUGCUUAUACAAAACUGCCUAGUGUAAUUUCCUAUUUCCAUCAGCCUGGUUUAAUCUUGAAUAAUCUGAGCUGGAAUCUAAGCAUGUGAUAUACUGUAGUUUCAACCUGAACCCCAAGUUGUCAGUGUUCUAAUCUACUAUGCUCCCUAACUUCUAGGUGAGGGAUCGGUGCAGACAGCAGGAGGAGACUCUAUGGGCAACAGAGGGCAGUAUGGGCAGCAGGUUCCCUUCAAAGCCUGCUAGCCUCAGCCUCUCCAACCAGUGA